AUGUCUCAACCUUCCUCUCCAUCCAGCAACAAGCCUAAAAAGAUCAAAAUCAACUGCCCUUUGAAUUUUGGUUCAGAAUCAACUCUAUGUUUGGAGAGUGAUACAUUAAUCUCGAGCUCAAUCUAUGAAAAAGUUUCUUCUCUUCCCAUUUUGCUUUCAUCAAAGAAAGAUAGUCUUCCUUUUCUUUUGAAAGAUCAAGAUUCUAAAUUCAUCUUUCCGAGCUCGAAACAAAUUCCAAAAACAACUCUUGAUUUGGUUGUUCCUGUGUCCAAAACAUUACGUGAUGAUAGUGAAACAACUAUGGCGAACAAUGAGAGUAAUCAAAUCGAAUCAUUGGCCAAGUUGUGGAAGAAUCGAAAGGCAUACAAGGAAUUAUUUGCUAAUCAUUCAAAGUAUGUGAAACCUGAUUAUUGGAUUCUGUUUGCAAGCGAUGAUCAGGUAUUGGCCAAUAUUGUGAAAUCGUUGGAGCCUGAUGACGUGAGAUUGAUGUGUAAAUUCUUCAAAAUUGAAGAGUUUUUGAAAUCAAGUACGAGAGACAAUGUCAGAGAGUUGUUGUGUGCUUUCUUGUCUCCAAUCAUCACACAGAAUAUUAGUGAGAAGGAAUCCAUGUUGCUUUUACAAUUUAAACCACCAUUGUUCUUGAAUCCUUGCUCCAAAGAAUUCUAUAUUGGUAAUUUAUAUGAGAAGAAAAACGUCACAAGAAUUGAGAAGAGUGACUCGUUGAUUAUUCUUUUAAGUUUAGUGGAGAAGUGUGCAUUGACUCAACCAUUGGACAACGCCGUGGUUGAAUUAUUGAGAUUUAAUGAUGUUGGCAACACUGUUGAAUUUCAAAACAAACUCUCAGCGUUUCAAGUAGAUCAAGAAAAGAAGGAAAAGAUUAUGAACGCUCUCAAAAACAAGGAUACCAAAUUUAUUGAUCUGCUUGCAAAGGGAGCAAAAAACGCUUUGAAACUAUCUACGGAUGAAAAACGUGCAGAAUUUGCGUCAGAAAUCAAGAAGAAGGCUUGGGAACAAUGUAAAGCUCUGUCAGCGUCAAAAAGUAUUGAGGGUCUUUGUGAUUAUUUUCGUUUGGACAUGUAUGGCUCAGUAAUUUCACUUAUUGGUACAAGCGGAGGCCCAACCGGGAUUCAAGUCGAUCAUGUUUUUCCUGAUAAUUUGGGAGGGCCAAAUACGUUGGAAAAUGCAGCACCAAUUCAUUGGAAAGCAAACAAUAUAAAAUCGGACACUCCCAAGGAAUUUUUAGAUUUAACACCAGAUGGCAAGGACUGGUUUAAUGAGAAACAAUUUAUUUCAUGUGCCAAAGAGUAUGGAGUUUGGUGUUUACUUGGUUUAACACCAUAUGGCAUUAAGGAAGAGCAAGAUAAGAUUAACUUGCUAGAAUUGGACAAGAAAAUUAAGGAAUAUCAACCACCGACCACUAAACGAUCAGUAUCGUCAUCAACCAUCGAUCAACAACAGUAA